AUGGAUCUAGUGUUGAGCCAUCUACAGAAGGAGGGACUAAAAGCCAAGCUGGAGAAAUGCUGUUUUUUCCAGAACGAAGUCCAGUAUCUGGGACACCUUGUAUCCCGCGAAGGUGUAUCCACUGACCCAGCCAAGGUGUCCGCAGUGGCUAAGUGGCCCCGUCCCACCACCGUGUCCGAACUGAGGUCUUUCCUUGGAUUUGCAGGAUAUUACAGGCGAUUUGUGGAGGGCUUUUCCAAGCUGGCAGCGCCUUUAAACCGCCUGGUGGCGGAGCUGGCCGGCACCAAGACCCGGAAGGGCCAAGGGCCACGGCUUGAUGGGGUGUGGACCGAUGCCUCCGAGACCAGCUUCCAGGCAUUGAAGCAGAGGUUAGUGAGUGCCCCCACUUUGGCGUUCGCUGAUUUUAACCUACCGUUUAUCCUGGAGGUGGUGCCAGCCACACUGGUCUCGGAGCAGUGCUAUCGCAGGAGCAGCGAGGAAAGAUCCGGCCAAUCGCUUAUGCUAGUCGUAGUCUCAGCCCAGUGGAAAAGAACUACAGUUCGAUGA